AUGUUGGAACCGGAACGGCGCCACACCGAGAAGCGGUCGGCAUCACCGAAGAAGGAGUGCCACAAUGAAAACCUCCCUUCGAAGAAGAGACGAUCAUCGGAGGGCUCUUCGAAGGAGGAGAGGAGUGAGAAAAAAUCAUCAAAGCACAGGGAAGAGAAGGAGCAGCGAGAAUCACCGAAACACAAGGAAGAAGGCGGACAGAAGCAACCGAAACACAUCGCACAGGAAAAGGACUCAUCCAGGCACAAGCAUAAGAGGGAUCGACCAUCGGUAUCGGAGCGCAGGGACCAAGAAAAACAAAACGAGAGGAAAAGAUCUUCUGCGGGUAUGAACGAAGCUGACCUGAAGCGGUACCAGCUGUCCGAUGAAUAUUUGUUUGGCGAGAAAAUAGAGCUAGAGCCCACCGGGAAGAAAAAUGACCAAUCCGGAAAAUUUCAGAAAGAGGUACGGAUGAAACUCUCGCGAGUGAUUUGA